CUGGUUAAAGGGUCCGGAGGUGCGUCGCUUGUUUUGGUUAUUGUGGUAGAGCUCGCGCUCCUGAUCUGCACAGGAAGAUGGACACUAAACCGGAAAACAGCAAGCUGAUUUUUGAGAAAGAAGGAGUUUACCUCCACACCAACGCCAAGAGGACCAGCGAGGAGACCUCCAUCCCCGGCUUCAUCCGCAUCGUGGAGCGGGAUGGAGAGCCAGCAUUGGAAUGGAGACCUGUUCAGGAUGAGGGGAGAAACGCACCUGCUGUCUUGUACACCAAAAAGGACGGUGAAGAGGGAGAGGAGGAGACAAAGUUCGACCCCGGGUACGAGCCUGACUGGGCCGUCAUCAGCACAGUGAAGCAGAACAGAGAGAAAGAACAGAUCCCCAUCACAGAGACAGGUCACUGGGGUGCGUUCUCUCUGCCCCUGUCGGAGCUCUACUCCCUGCGUCGCGCUCGUUUCUCUCUGGGCAGGAACUUCGUGGUGUUGACGAGUCGAGGAGGCGACCCUCUGCCCCCGCUGCACUUCCACAGGGGGGGAACACGGGAACUGCUCCGAGCCAUGCAGAGAUACAUCCGACUCACCCCGUCCCCAGUGGAUGGUCGUUUGUUCCUGGCGUAUCCUCAUGACUCCAGCGCGCUCUCUCACUCAUUCGACGAGCUGCAGAUGUUUGAUGACACCAGCUCAGACCUCGUAUCUUCUCUUCCUGUACAGAGGUUUAUCCAGGACCCGUACGCGACCACAUUCGGUGGCUUCUCCAAGGUGACAAACUUCUUCCGAGGAGCGCUGAGACCUCCAGAGUCGCCUCUGCAUUCCCACGGAGACUCGUACGCACCUCGCUUAUAUGAUGACGAGCCUGGGUUCGAGCUCAUAACCUCCCAAGGGGCGGAGCUUGGUCCCCGGCCAAAGGUGAGCAGAGGGCAGCCUCUGGACGACUGGGAGCCGUUUCUGGACUCGGAUGGCCGUGUCACAAAUCCACAGAAGGUCAAGGAGCUGGUGUUCAGAGGGGGCAUCGUUCCGUCUCUGCGGAAGGAGGUGUGGAAAUUCCUCCUGGGAUUUUACCCCUGGAACAGCACAGCCAAAGAGAGGGAGGACAUCAUCCGAAGGAAGACAGACGAGUAUUUCAGGAUGAAGGUCCAGUGGAAAUCAAUCAGCGAAGAGCAAGAGAUGAGAAACUCCCUCCUCCGGGGAUACCGCAGCCUGAUUGAGCGGGACGUGAAUCGGACUGACAGACAUAAUCCGUUCUUCUCGGGGAACGAGAACCCGGGCCUCACGCUGCUCAAUGACGUGCUCAUGACCUACUGCAUGUAUAACUUUGACCUGGGUUAUGUUCAGGGUAUGAGCGAUCUCCUGUCACCGCUGCUCUUCGUCACUCAGAAUGAAGUGGAGUCUUUCUGGUGUUUAACGGGAUUCAUGGAGCUUGUGCAUCAGAACUUUGAAGAAUCUCAGGAGGCGAUGAAACAGCAGCUGCUCCAACUCAACCUUCUGCUCCGAGCUCUGGAUCCUGAACUGUGUGACUACCUGGACUCUCAGGACAGCGGCUCUCUGUGUUUCUGCUUCCGCUGGCUGCUCAUUUGGUAUAAGAGAGAGUUCUCCUUCGAGGAUAUCCUGCACCUCUGGGAGGUUCUGUGGACUCGUCUCCCGUGUGCGAACUUCCACCUGCUCAUGGCCUGCGCCAUUCUCGAGUCCCAGCGGGGGGAGCUGAUCGGAUCAGACCACGACUUCAACACAAUCCUCAAGCACAUCAAUGAGCUGACCAUGAAGCUGGAUCUGCAGAUGAUGCUGCGGGAAGCUGAGGGGAUUUAUCUACAGCUGGUCCAGUGCAAGGAAUUGCCGGUGAAGGUUCAGGAAGUUUUGGGAAUGUGCGUCAGUUCCAGCUCGAAUGAGGAGAGUCCUGAGUCAGAGUCUAGAGAGACUGACAGACUGCUCAGCCAAUCAGCUACAGGGGGCGUGGCUGCAUGUCAAUCAAGUAACUGGAGCACCCCACAUCCUCCGCCUCCUACUUACCCGUAAUCCCUGUAAUACACAGUUCUGCUGAGGAAUUCUAAACACUAUAUAACACACAUACAUAACUGUUCAUGAAGGAGUCGUUAAUACUAAUGAACUGUUUAUAAAAGUAAUUAAUGUGGAGUCGUUCUGAAGAGCCUGAGAGAACACUUUACUGAAUGUUGGCUAAUAAAACUCCACUCACCUCUCAUAAAGCCCUGCCCACCUCUAAACCUUAUAAAGCCCCACCCACCUCUCAUAAAGCCCUGCCCACCUCUAAACCUUAUAAAGCCCCACCCACCUCUCAUAAAGCCCUGCCCACUUCUAAACCUUAUAAAGCUCCACCCACCUCUCAUAAAGCCCCACCCACCUCUUAAAAAAUCCUCUGUUGUACAAACACAGUUUGAAAAAUUGUUUGAAAGAUUCUGUUACAAAGACCACCAGAGAGAGAGAGAGAGAGGCAGUCCUCUGUGUGUUUCUGCAGUUACGUUGAAUUUUGGUCAUUUUGCGGUUGUGUUUCAGUUAAAGUCACUCUGACGCUGCGCUCGUUGAGUCACUGUGUCCCUUUAAACCGGAGUGUUAUUGUAAUGACACUCGCAGUAAUGCACAUUUAUACAGACUCUGGGUUUUGCAUUAGAUAUGAAUAUAAAUAUAAAGAUAUAUAUUUUGCUUUGUUUGUAAUCAUGACUGCACUCACUUCACAUUUAAUCAGUUUGGUCUAAAAUAAAAAUGAAGCUGGUGUGAAUUAAA